AUGGUUGAAUAUUUUUAUAGCGGUGAAUUAGACAAAAAUAUUUUUGAAAAACAUGUAGAAGAUUUAUUCGCUAUUGCUCACAAAUAUGAGGUGGUUGAUUUGAUUGAAAAGUGCGACUGUUUUAUGUCUUUAAAAAUUGAUGCUGAAAGCUUUGUCAAACGUUGCGAAUUUGCUGAGUUGUAUGGCCUUCCAGUGCUCGAGAAGGCUUGUGUUAAAUUUAUGUCAUUAAAUCGAAAGGAUUUUUUGGUUAGUAAUGAAUGGAAAGAAUUUAAAAUUGCUAAUCCGACUUUGGCACAUAAAAUGCUUGAAAUGCUGGCAAUUGAUUGUUAA